UAGGGUGGGGGAUCACUCACCAGCUCUUUCUUAUCAGUCAGAGUGUACUUGUCCUUAUUUCCUCUUCAUCGUUGUCAUUGUUCCCUGUUUCCUGUCUCCUGGCUAUGGGCACAUGUCAGAGGUUCAGCACUUUCUUUAGCUUUUUUUUUUUCUUCUCAUUUGUUAUAAAGGGAUUUUUACAUACUUGCAAAAGUCAAGAAAAUAGUAUUGUGAACCCUUCUUUGCCCAUUCGCCAGUUUCAUAAAUGAUGGAACCAGCGCUGGCUGGCUGUGAUCCUCCGUUUUGCUGUUGCUGUUGGUAGCAUAAGAACACUUUAUUGAGCACCCGCUGUAUGCCAGACACCAUUCUAGCCAUGAGGUGGCAGCCGUGAAGGACAGGGCAGGUGCUCCCCUUCUACACAUUUCUAUUCAACGCGGGUGGACAGUGAGUGGAUAAACCAGUGAGCACACAGUGUCGGAGGGGCCUGGUGAAGCAGUGGUGCCGUGGGGGGAGGCUGGGAGUGACCAGGGCAGCCCUCAUGCAGUAGGCGAGCUUUGAGCACAGAUCAGAAGCAAGUAAGGGGUCAGGCCCCAGGGUUCCUCUGCAUGAGUGGCCCAGGAGAGGACGGUGACGACUGGGCCGGGCAGUGGGGCACGGUUGGUGGUGUUGAGGAACAGCAAGGCCAUUGUGGGGACAGAGGAAGAGGCGAGAGCAGAGGAUUCCACUCAUGGGCUUGUCACAGGCCGUUGUAAGGGCUGCACGUGGGGAGCCGUGGGCUCUGAUGACUAGAGCAGAAGCAGAGGGGCUGGUCCUGGGGCUGCAGGGAUCAGGGGACAGUGUGCACCAGGGCCGGGCAGCGGUGGGGCUGAGGGCUUAGGGGCUGGGUGUAUUUCUAAGGAUGUAUUUCUAAAGAAAGCAUCAGGCAGGUUCUUGAACUAAUCGUGGUGAAAUUAAUUAUCAUUAUUUUACCUUGAAAUAAUUUCUUUGAAUUGACUUAAGUCUGAGAAUUGAGUUAUUUGGAGUCCAGAGUCCAAUACCACACAUCAGAUAUUUGAGUCUUGGCAGGAGUAUGAGGGAUUUAGUAGAUACAGUGCCUGUCCUCUGAGAAGGUGUAAUCUAAUUCCAGAAUGGGGGACCAGUACACGUGCGCUAAUGUCCCAGCUACUGAGUUGUCGCCAGGGCCUUAGAGACUGGGGGGAGCGGACAGCCAGCGGUGCUGUGGGCCCCUGCUCUGCAGGGAAGUCGCUUCACUUCUGAGGCUGAGUUUGGGCUCAGUUCUUGUCCAGGCCUUCUAGGCUGUGCGUCACCUUCCAUUCCGUCAAUGCGACCAUUUAUUACUUGCUUUUAUUUGGAUGCACUGCCGGGGUUGAGGCUGCAGGGUGAACAGAACAGAAGUGAAGUAGUUUUGUAAGCAAACAAACCCGUGUGCUGGCGGCAGCAUGCACAGAUCUGCCUCACAGUGGGGGGUUAAUUCGGCCCCAAAGCAUCAGCUGCAGGGUUAGACGGCACAGGCACAGAGGGCAAACAUGGAGGCCGCUCACGGGAACUUUCCAGAGCUCUGUGGCCCGCCCUGACCCGAGCCGUGGGGGAUCAGUGCAGCCAUGCCGAAGCAGCCUGCACUCCUGAGCGCAGCUCCAGUCACUGGACGUCGUGCUCACAAGUCGGUCAGCUGGACAAGAAGAGGUGGCCUCUCAGAGGUAGUUCGUGUGAGGAUCAAAUAAAUUAAUAUAUGCAGCACCUUGUAGCAGCACUUUUGAAAGUAUAUUAACUGUUUUGUAAAAUCUGUUUGAAACUCACAUCUUUUGGCUUCUGGUAGCUGUCUGUUGGCAGAAAGCAUGAGAAUAAUGAAAUCACAUGGUCUAUUCAGUGAGACAGAUGCUGGGGGUCCGGUGAAGGCAGAAGGGUCAAGGCCAGCGGUACAGCGCCGUGAAAGUACUCUGCUCUGCAGCAGUAUCCACUGGCGUCUCUCAUUUUCACCCUCGGCAGCUCGGGGAGCACAGGCCUCCCCUGCCCCUGUGCUGUAGGAGGGGGCUGGAAACACAGGCAUAAGCUGUGUCCCAGGCCACCGGCAGAGGCCAGCCCCGACUCCAGAAUGCCCUCUCCUUCCUCAAUCCCACCCACGUGUGGCAUGCGUUGAUGUGUGAGGCAGGGCCUGCUCCUUGUCACGGCUGACCAGUCCCCCAGCGAGUGAGCCACCUGGGCAGGUUUGUUCGCUUGCAUUGAUGGGCUGUGGGCUUGUUUCCAGUUUGUAGCUGUUUCAAAUAAUGCUGCAGUGCACUCCCUGGCACGGGUUGGAGUGUGGUCAGCUCCAUUCAUGGGUCACGUCUUCGCUGCUACCUGAAAUGCCUUGCCAUGCCCGAGGCACCGAGGUGUCCCCCUGUUUUACCUCCUAGGGUUUCGCUGUGCCGCGUUCCCCGUUCAGCUCUGUGACCCUGCCGAGCCAGCCACUGUGGGCGGAGGGAGGUCCGUGUCCAGGUGUGUUGUUUGGCAUGUGGGCGUCUGGUUGUCCCAGUGCUGUCCGAGGGAGAAGAUGCCACCGUGGCUCCCUGCGUCACCUCUGCUCCCUCCACAAGCCCAGCUGACAGUUUUCACGGGUGGGGGGAGCUGCUGCUGGGCUCUCUGCUCUGUUCCAUCCAUCACUCCUCUGCUCUUUUGCCAGCUGCACACUGUCGAUCCCCAUACGUACCAGUGAGCCUCGAAGUCAGGGAGCAUCCGUCUUCCCACUCUGUCCUUCUCCUUCAGUGCUGCACCGGCUGUUGGGCGACUUUGGCCUCCAUGUAACGUGGGGAUAGUGUAUGACCACUCCUGGGCAGCCUGAGGCUCAGUCACGUUUGCUCACAUAAGAUCAAGCAUCACAUUCCCUUGACCUUUAGGUACUGGAGUCGCCCGCUCUGCUGAAGAGCGUGGGAAGUGCUCUUCCACGGGCCUCACGGGGCGACUAUCAUCAUGGCACCCUGAAUGUCAGGGGCUGAGCCCAACAGGCAUCCACAGGCCACCCUGUCUUCCCCAGUUUUGCCUGCUACUGGUGGGAAGGCUCCUUCAGACGGGCAGCCUUGCGUGGGCAGCCAGCGUGGGGGCCAGCCUCCCACCUCCCAUGUAAUGGGUGUGACCGCCCUGCCCGAGCCAGCAAACAGCUCUGCCUGCAAGCCCAGGUGCUUGGGUGCGAACCCGACUGAAUUCCUUUGUCAGUAGCAGUGACGAGGGCAUUGGACUGAGCCCUGGAGGAAAACUAGCCCCAGAGAUGCAGCUUCUGGCUGAGGCCACUGCCAGUGGGAAAUCAUUUCAAACUUGUGGGCUUUUGUUGACUGUGUUUGAAAUAGUGGGAGAUUUGAGUUUGGAAACCGUGCCCUUAUUUUCUGGAUGAAAAAUUACUGUAUGAGGCCAUCGCUGUCCCCGACAUGCUGUAAGACGGUCAUGGCUUCAGGUGUCUCCUGGCUCCCUGCCGUGCCUCUCUCCUCCCUAGAAAGCAGUGGGGUGCUGCCGAGAUCUCUGACUUCAGCUGCCCUGCCCAGACACUUCCCUAGCUAACCCCCCACCCCUUUGAAGAGGAGAACUUGUGGGGCUGCCAUCAGGUUGGCCCCCUCUCUGCAGCUCUCGGACUCUGAGCCUGGGGCCAUGCAGCUCCAAGGCCCCACAGUGCUGCACUCUGCAAGGCUGCUCCGCUGCCGGCUCGUUUCCACAACUGCUGUUUAUGUGGCGUGUUUGAGGUUGGAAGUGACAGCACAGAGGACCGCCCCUGUGCCUUGAUGUUAAAAAUGGACAUCGCCUCAGCACAGCACCGGGGUGCUCCAUGCCUAGACUUGGAAAGGCCUGGAAGCUCUGCCCAAAGCAGGCCAGGCCCCUGGCCGCUCUCCAGGGGGGACGGGACCCUGGGGCAGCCUCGCCGACCUCCCAGGCCCAGGUUUGGGCUGGCUGGAGGGGAAGUCCUGGCUUGUUUUCAUGCCCCCCCUCAUGACUGUUUAGAACGGUGACGCUUGCGUCACAUACUGAUUGCAGGUGGAGUCGGCCUGCAACUUUGCUGAAGGUUUCCGGUUCCAGGAGUGCGGCGCCAGCCUGUCCAUGCGGCCGGAGUGAGGACCCAGGCGCAGGAUGGCCAAGGCGCGGCUGUUCCGCCUGGGGCUGGUCCUGGGCUCCGCGUUCAUGGUCCUCCUGAUCAUCGUGUAUUGGGACAGUGUGGGCACGGCGCACUUCGCCCCACAUAUGGCCUUCUCCAGGCUGCACACCCCAGGGCCCCACCCGAGCCCCGAGCAGGUUGCGGGGAGGGAGCUGGCACCCGACGUGGACGCGUUUUUGGAGAACCUGCUCGGUGCUGGCACAAAGCAGAAUGUCCAGCUGGGCAAAAAGACGGAGCCGCCCCCGCUGCCAACAUCCAGCAGGCCCCCGCUGGGCAGCGUGGAGGAGAGCGUGAGGGGCUAUGACUGGUCCAGCCGUGACGCCCAGCAGGGCCCGGACUCCGACGGGCGGCAGGCCGAGCGCAGGGGCGUGCUGAGGGACUUCUGUGCCAACGCCAGCUUCGAGUUCCCCACCAAGGAGCGCUCCUUCGACGACAUCCCCAACUACGAGCUGAACCACCUCAUUGUGGACGACCGCCACGGCAUCAUCUACUGCUACGUGCCCAAGGUGGCCUGCACCAACUGGAAACGCGUGAUGAUCGUCCUCAGCGGGAGCCUGCUGCACCGCGGCGCCCCCUACCAAGACCCGCUGGACAUCCCCCGCCAGUACGUGCACAACUCCAGCACCCACCUGACCUUCAACAAGUUCUGGCGCCGCUAUGGGAAGUUCUCCCGACACCUCAUGAAGGUCAAGCUGCAGAAGUACACCAAGUUCCUCUUCGUGCGGGACCCCUUCGUGCGCCUCAUCUCGGCCUUCCGCAGCAAGUUCGAGCUGGAGAACGAGGAGUUCUACCGCAGGUUUGCCGUGCCCAUGCUCAGGGCCUACGCCAACCUCACCAGCCUGCCCGCGUCCGUCAGCGAGGCCUUCAGCGCGGGCCUCAAGGUCACCUUCUCCCACUUCAUCCAGUACCUGCUGGACCCCCGCACCGAGAAGCUGGCGCCCUUCAACGAGCACUGGCGGCAGGUGCACCGGCUCUGCCACCCCUGCCAGAUCGAGUACGACUUUGUGGGCAAGCUGGAGACCCUGGACCAGGACGCCGCCCAGCUGCUGCGGCUGCUCAAGGUGGAUGGGCAGCUCCACUUCCCCCCGAGCUACCGGAACAGAACUGCCAGCAGCUGGGAGGAGGACUGGUUCUCCAAAAUCCCGCUGGCCUGGCGGCGCCAGCUGUACAAGCUCUACGAGGCCGACUUUGUGCUCUUCGGCUACCCCAAGCCCGAGCACCUGCUCCGGGACUGAGGUGCAUGGGUGAGCUCCCGGCACCAGAGACCCACAGACCGGGCCGAGUUGUGACUCAGCGCGGUGAUGGCUGCUGGGCCUCGACCAGUGUCCCGAGAAGGGAGCCAGGGGCUGCCACGCACUGGUGUUUGUGGCCUCAAGGCCCUCCCAGUGUGACUCAUGGCAGACAAAUCCUCAGCACUCCUGUCCCCAGGGCCUGAACUUGCUGGGGUGGGCCACAGCCACACUCCAGUCUGUGAAAUCACCUGCGGUCUGGCAGCCAGACUUACUGCUUACCCCAUUGCUUGUACUCUUUGAGUACUGUGUUAAUACUGUUUUUUAAGAUUAAUAUAUUUCAGAUAUUUAAUAUGAGACAAGCGGAGGAGAUGAUGGAGUAAAUCCUACACCUGCUCGCGG